AUGUGGGUAAUUCUGUGCUUGUUGCAUUAUUCUGCAUUUAAUAUAUUACAUCAAAGCAUAGCAACAAGCGUGUCACGUCCCUGCCGACUACCUCCCGAGUAUAAUCAGAUGCCAGAUUUUGCGAGGGAAAAGUUGCGACAUAUCUGGGAAAAUUACAAAUCCGGAGAAAGCUGCGUUGCGGAACAAAUUGCUACUGAUGUUAUCCUUACAGUCGUUAAUAUUUUCCCUACGAAAUAUCGUCAUGCAGUAAGUUCGGAAAUAUAUAGCAGUCGUUAUGGAUAUAAUUCGGUUAGCGACCGCGUUUCUUCAACUCCAGAAAAUGAAGCUGUUUAUGAUGAAGUGCCUAUUUCGGAAACUUUUGAACUCCCGGAAUUUCUAAAAGAUGCAAAUAAAGAUAUUAUCAAUAAUUUUACGAAACUAUGGAACGACCGAAACAUUCCAUCCGAAGGAUUACGUGAAGAGAUGAUUCAUCUGCUCGCCGUAUCAUUAUUAACUAGAAAUCAGCUUACUGCUUACAACCAAUAUAUGAGAGAACGCCGACGCUGCCAGCAACAGUUGCUACUGCAUAUGCGCCAAAUAUCGGAUGAAGCACGAAAAGCGCUGAAUAUUCUCGCUUACGCAGAGCCUGAUGAGUGGUUUGGGAUUGUCAAAAAUUUUCCACGUAAUAUUCGUCUUGAGUUGAAAGAUUUUACCAGACGAAAGGGAGUGAAGUGUGUAUGA